CCUCAAAACAGCCCUCUCCCUCCUCCAGAGCUCCCCUUCUUUGCUAUCCUAAAAACAAACAGGCAGGAACUUUGACCGGUGUUCCGAGCUAGUUACUAGCCUGCUAGUAUUGACUAGUUUUCUGUAUUUUUUUCAUAUCGUUGUGUGUUGUUGCACAUGCGGAGAGAUGUGGUUUAUUUAUUUACUCAGCUGGCUGUCGCUAGUCAUCCAAGUGUCCUUCGUUACGCUAGCAAUAGCUGCUGGCCUAUACUACUUGGCAGAACUAAUAGAAGAAUACACAGUAGCCACCAGUCGAAUAAUAAAGUACAUGAUAAUGUUCUCCACAGGUGUGCUGGCCUGUCUCUAUCUCUUUGAGAGCUUCCCAGUGUUAAUGGUGGGAGUCGGCCUCUUCACCAACCUGGUGUACUUUGGCCUCCUGCAGACUUUCCCUUACAUUGCACUGAGCUCCCCAAACUUUAUCCUCUCCUGUGUGUUGGUGGUGGUGAACCAUUAUAUGGCCUUCCAAUUCUUUGCACAAGAGUAUUAUCCCUUCUCAGAGGUGCUGGCAUACUUCACCAUCUGCUUGUGGGUGAUCCCCUUCGGCUUCUUCGUGUCACUGUCAGCGGGGGAGAACGUGCUUCCGUCCACCAUGCAACAAGGAGAUGAUGUGGUGUCUAAUUACUUCACCAAGGGCAAGAGGGGUAAACGGUCCGGGAUCCUGGUCGUGUUCUCGGUCCUGAAGGAGGCAGUGCUGCCCAGCAGACAGAAGAUGUACUGAGGGGGCUCGGACCCGGGGUGCAGCCUAGGGGGUCGGGAGGUGUAUGAGAGAGUGAAUGAGUGUGUGUGUGUGGAGGAUUAAGGGGAAGCAGGAAGGACUCUGGGAAUUUGUUUUCUGGAUGGGACUUAAACGAAACAGUGGCUAAAAAGUCGGAAGAAUAUGAAGGACCAAUGAACGGAUCGGAGCUUCCUGCUGGACGAGCCAACGAGUUUACCCCGGCCACGUUCGUCUCUUUGUUUUUCUCUUUGUCGGUCUGUUCUGACUGCCAACAACAUUAACUGAAGACCCCUUUGUGGGGAUCUGUCCUGUAGCGCAACACUUUGUUAUUCACAUGAUGGACAUUUUUUAAGUCUUUGGUAUUAAAAUAUGUUUGUGCAAAAGGUCUGACAAUUAACAACCACCAAACACUUUUACGUUUCGACUCGGGAGAUAAAUAGUUUUCAGUUUUUCCUUGAGAUGAGAUGUUCUGUCAUGUAUGUGUCGUAGGAUUCACGCUAAGAUUAAACACAGAAGAGCAGCAUUAGGAGACGACUAGAUAAAUCUCCUCAGAGGAAGAAAGUCGGAGAUAAAUUAAACUGCUUCAAGGUACUUUCUGGUGUAAUCCUGAUGUCCAAGCUUACAUUUUGGUGUUAAAGUUGCAAAACAGCUGCAAGAAAAAGACCUCAAUUUGUCACAGCAAUGCUUAUUAGAAAUACUUUAAAGGAGAAAGUGAGGUUAGGUUGUUAUUAAUCAGCUUGUGCUUUAUUUUAAUUACAGGAUGUCGCUUCACAGUGAUGAAAAUGGGUUAAUAAGGGCAUUUGCAAAGGAUUACUUCUAUAAACACCUUUUAUUUAAUGGGAUGAACAAAGUAUAUCUCCCAGUCUGGGUAAUUUACAUGUUGGAGAUGUUCUUUUUGUGUCUUACAGAUCUACAGACUCAUUAAUCACCAGCUCUUUUUUGGACUAUUUUUAAAAAGAAAUCCACAGUAAUAACAAAGUGAUUUUAUAAAAACAUUGAUCGGCGAGUUAACCUGACAUCUGACGACAAAUGAAAACACUUGUGAAGACUCUAACGUGCGUCUGGGACAAAGGCUGCUCAGAGUGGUUUGAUGAAAGUGCUAUUAAAGAGGCCCACAUUCUUUUUACCAAUUACCGAGUGCGAUUCAUUGGAGGCUGGUAUGCUGCACAAAUGUAUAAUAAAAGACUUUGUUGAAAUAA